GUUAUUAUGUUGGCAGUACUGGCAGGUACGUUCUAUUUUUGCUAAUUGCUAUAUAACUUGUUUCAUGUGUGUGCUCGUAUUAAUCGCUGCGUAUGAGUGGUAACGUUACUGAUGUCACAGUGAUCCUAAAAAAAUCUGGAACAAAAUGGAAUAAAAGUGAAUCGGUUCUUGAUUCCGGACAUAGUGAUUAAUUUCUGAAGAAUAGUGAACGUUUCGAGGUUCAUCUCGUGUUAUGUUCAUUUGAUCGUUCUAUAUAGUAUAUAUUCGUUUUUACAGUUUAUUUCUUAUUUAAUUGCUGAAGAGAGGAAAACGGUCGGAACUUUUUUACGGUUAUGUUUUAAGAAAGUUGGCAUCCAGGUCACUCCUCACUGGUUGUUCAAGGUUUCAACAUGGGAGUUCCACCUGCAACUGCAGAAGCGAAGAUAAUGAGAGAGAUAAAUUAUCUGAAAGAUCGGAUAGAGCAAUACAAGCAGCGACAAAAAACGUUAAAUAUUAUGCAAUCCAAUGAAGAAAAUAGUUCAAACAGAAACAUGGGAAAUGUAAAACCCAAAGUUUUGGCUGUAAAGACUUCAUUUUGUGAUUUUUCUACGAAUUCUGAAAUAUUGUCACAGAAAUCAACUGAAAAUACACAUGUGAAUUCUCAAUUACGCAUGACAAAAGUUCAUGUUAAUCCAAAUUUCAAGCGACAAGUUCCAACAGUACAUAUCAAUCCAAAUAUUUGUACUAAACCUUUAAUACAUGUCAAUCCAAGAAUAAUACAUGAUAUUGCCAAUUCAAAUCAAAAUCUACAAAAUAAUAUAAGCACAAUAAAUGUGAAUUCUCUAACAAUGAAUACAACAAACAUGAGCAUUGCAAAGACAAACACUGAUAAUUACAUUAAACAAGCGAGUGUCAAGAAAUCUAUAUACGUUAAUCCAACAUUACUGAAGAAGUUGUCUUCUCCCUCCAAAGAGAAGUCAACAAAUCUCAAAGAAUUAACAGAGCCACUUGUUUGCUCGAGAUUAAAGUUCGUCAGAAAUAUCGAUAAUCAAAAGAAUUCUCCGAAGAGAGCUCACAAUUCUAGCAUUGUACUUUUAUCACGCAGAAAGCUUGUAAGAGUAACUCGUACUACAAAGGGUACACCAGGAAUUCCAACCUCCCAAUAUAGAUUGCGAAAAUCUAAUUUAACAGAGAGAAAAUGUGAGACAGUAUCACAGAAAAUGAAAAUUAAAUCAUUACUGACUAACACAUUACAUUCUACAAGUACAAGGUCUGACAUACCAAAAUUAGGUAUCAAUAGAUCUAUCAACAAAUCUAAAGUGACCAAAUAUAAAAUAGAUAGAACUACAUUAUCUACAUCGAAAGCAAGAAAAACUGCUCUGCUCGUAAAAAAAGCUGCAAACAAUACGUCGAAGUUCGUUACUAUUGCUGGCGUUGUUUACAAAUCUUCCAAAACUAAAUUGAUUCGGAACAACUGUACAUUUAAACGAAAGAGAUCAAUUAGUGGAAAGGAUGAUAAAUUGACUAUUGAUAAAAGAAGGCGGAUUUGCAAAGAAACUUUACAUCGUACGUUAGAAGUAAACAGCAAGAGUAAAAUACGAUUGCCUUCCAGCACACCGGUAAAAGCCAAUUAUAAAAAUAGUAUCAGCAACAAAGCAAAGCAAAGAAGCAUACGAAUUUUGCAAAAUAAAAUGCACAAGAACAAUCAGCCUUGUUUGAUCUUUCAACGAUUUGGUUCCUGUCCAAAUCACGAAAAUGGAAUCUGUCUGAAACGACAUGACAAGAAACAAGUGUCACUCUGUAAAAAAUUUCUGCAGGGAAAGUGCUUCUUAGACAAGUGUCCUUUGUCGCAUGACAUUGGACCUGAAAAAAUGCCCACGUGCAAAUACUUCCUCGACGGCUGCUGUACCAGAGAUAAUUGUCCAUAUCUUCACGUUAAAGUAUCUGCAAACACUUCCAUCUGCAUAGACUUCCUACAAGGAUAUUGUGCCAAAGGAAAUAAGUGCCAGCGACGUCACGAGUAUCUUUGUCCUGAAUAUAAUAAAUCGGGGAGUUGCAGUAAAGGUGAGUGUUGUCCUUAUCCUCAUAAGUCGCAUUCCUUUAACUAUGAAAAAAGUUCGAAGUAUUUGAACAAAAUACACGGUGCAAAAAAACACAAAGCUACCACAUCCACCGCGAAGGAUGAUUCCGAGACCACAAAUCCGGAAAGCAGAUUAAGGUAUUACGAGAUAAGUAGUAGUUUAUCUGAAGAUCCUGAAAAAAGGAAAAUUACUGCUUCCAAUUCUGUAAAACAAAUGCAAAUUAACGAAAAGACUAAAACUGUAGUCAAAGAAAACGAACACGAAUCCGAAAUGAUGACUUGCCAUCAUAAUAAUAGAAAAAAACAAAUUUCCAUCAAUAGUUAUAUACCUAUUGAUCCAUCAUAAUGAAUUUAUGUAUUAUUUUUAUAGAGCAAAUAAUUUUUUAGUAAAUUUCAAUUACACAUCACGUACUAUCGAAUAAAUCAAUUAAAUGUUUCAAAUAUUGUACUUUUAUUUUUUUAAUUUUAAUAAUUGUUAUAUUUUACAUUAAUUGUACAUUCAUUUGAAUUAAAUCUUUCCUUCUUUGUUUAACGAAAUAUACUUUAUCUGCACAUGUAUAUUCCUUAAACGAUUUUAUAAUUUUAUAUUUAAAAGUUAUGCUGUUAAUAUAUGUGUAUACACAACAUUUUAUGAUUUAAAUACUUUUAUAUUUAAAUCAGAAUAUUAUUCGGAUUCCUGAUUAUUUUUAAGAUAUUGAUAUUUCGGGGCUAUCAUGAACUAGCAAUGACUUUUUAUUAUUAACAAUAUCUAAUAAAAAGUACAAUUUGUCUGUCUCCAACA